AUGACGGCCGCUGCCAGGGAUUUUGUUUCACCGCUUACCUUGUCUACGCUGUCAAAAAAUGCCGUGGUUACAGACCUUUCUGAGGCAGGUUCCUGGACGAAUCAUGUAAUGCUGGGCCGUUGGGCAGACCUGAUGCUGAUAGCGCCCCUGAGCUGCAAUACGCUGGCUAAGAUGGCACAUGGUCUUUGCGACAACCUUUUACUGGCCACCUGGCUGUCUGCCACCUGUCCCGUAGCCGUAGCACCCGCUAUGGAUGAUGAUAUGUGGAAACACCCCGCUACCAAAGCCAACCUGGCUGCUAUAGCACAAUAUGGUAUUACGGUAAUUCCUGUUGAGAAAGGUGAACUAGCCAGCGGUUUAUUUGGAGAAGGCCGUAUGGCAGAACCCUCCGCUAUAUUAUCGUUUAUAAGUGAGCGUUUUUUUUUGCCCGCUGAUCUGGCGGGUAAAACCGUUUUGGUAUCUGCCGGUCCUACGCAUGAGCCGCUUGACCCCGUUCGUUUUAUAGGCAAUCAUUCUUCCGGUAAAAUGGGCAUUGCCAUUGCAGAAGAGCUGGCAGGCCGUGGCGCCGUGGUGAACCUGGUACUGGGGCCCACCCAUUUAACAGCACAUCACCCCAAUAUACAUACUCAUAAGGUUGAAACUGCCCAUGAAAUGUACCAGCAGUGUGUAAGAUUUUUUGACAGCGCAGACGCGGCUGUAAUGAGCGCAGCGGUGGCAGAUUACAGGCCGGCUUCGGUAGCCAUGGAGAAAAUUAAAAAAAAUGGCAGUCCACUGGUGCUGGAGCUGGUAAAAACAACAGACAUCCUGCAGUCGCUGGGUGAGCGCAAGAAGACAGGACAAUUGCUGGUAGGUUUUGCACUGGAAACCGCCAACGAAAGAGAAUAUGCGCUGGGCAAGCUGCAAAAAAAGAAUGCAGAUAUGAUUGUGCUCAAUUCGCUCAAUGAUGCAGGUGCCGGUUUUGGGCACGAUACCAACAAAAUAACCAUCUUUGAGAAGGGGGGCAAUGAACUGGUAUUUGAACAGAAAAGCAAACAACAAGUGGCGAAAGAUAUCGUUGAUAGAAUAGUAAAAAUGCUGUCAUGA